AUGAUUGCAAAGAUGAAUGGACUCGAUGGACAUGCGGAAUGUGGGGAAGACGCUGGGGUACCUGUCUACUCGAUCCACAACGUACCCAUUACCGAAGAAAGGAAACCAUACAUCAAUGGAAAGAGCUCUCGUCUCCAACAUGCAGCGGUUGCGCGCGCGAAUCUCGCUCCGUCAGAAGAAACGCCGCAAGGCAGCACGCAAGACGACUGGGCAAAGAAGCACUCCCAUCAAACUGUCCUGCAACAACACUGCGACUUCUUCGACCGCGAUCAUGAUGGUGUUCUUUGGCCACAAGACACUUUCGUCGGCUUCUACCGCCUAGGUUGCGGUCUGUUCUUCUCUGCUUUCGCCGUCUUGGUUAUCCAUAUCAACUUCUCGUAUCCUACGUGUUCAGGAUGGCUUCCGGAUCCCUUCUUUCGUCUUUUUUUGCACAAUGUGCAUAGAGCUCGACAUGGUAGCGAUACGGGGACGUAUGACACCGAAGGAAGGUUUAUCCCUUCGAAAUUUGAGGAGAUCUUCACAAAGUAUGCCGAUGGACGAGAUUACUUGACAGUAGGAGAUCUUGUGAACGUAUUGAAGGGGCAGAGGAAUAUCAAUGAUCCGAUCGGAAUGUGUGGUUUCAUCUUCGAGUGGACUGCGACGUAUAUUACGCUUUGGCCUGAAGACGGUCGGAUGAUGAAGGAGGACAUUCGCGCGGUAUACGAUGGCAGCAUAUUCCAACGAAUCGCUGACAAGCGUGAAAGAAAGUUGGCGAUGAAGAAGAAGAAAAGCCAUUGA